GUCUCGCGGUAACCGGGUCCGAGCCCCGCCGCUGCCUUGACUACCAGAUUCCUCAGGUAGCAGCGGGGCUACGGAGGCCGGGUGGCCAGAAGAGGGAAAGUGUUUAAGAAGCACGUGAAAUGGAGUAAUAUGAGCUGGAGUCAUAUAGAAUCUGCAAGAAGACCCUUGGGGGGAAUUGUCUGAAGAAAAGAAGACUAUUUAGACUCCUCAAGUUCUUCAUUUACACAGCUGUUAAAUCCAAGGCAACUGUGGUGAAAGCAUGCAUAAAUAUACAUCUGCUGCAACAUCUUCCAGCCUACUUGAAAAGGAUCCUGCCUUUCGAGUGAUUACAGUUACUAAGGAAACAGGCCUAGGUUUAAAGAUCCUGGGCGGAAUUAACAGAAAUGAAGGACCGUUGGUAUAUAUUCAGGAAGUCAUUCCUGGAGGCGACUGUUACAAGGAUGGACGUUUGAAGCCAGGAGAUCAACUUGUCUCAGUAAACAAGGAAUCUAUGAUUGGUGUAUCAUUUGAAGAAGCAAAAAACAUAAUUACCAGAGCCAAAUUGAGGUCAGAAUCUCUUUGGGAGAUAGCAUUCAUCAGACAAAAAUCUUACAGUGGCCAUCUGGGAAAUAUUUCCUGUCCAUCCUCAUUACAAGCUUCAGAAGACUGCGGACUUCAAACCUCAACAUUUAAUCCUCUUUCCCCUCCACAUGAAACACUGAUUCCAAAGACUUCAUCCACUCCCAAGACUCAGGGCCCAAUUUUACCUUCUUUUAAAGCAAUUGAGGAAGCCAAAGCUGUAGCUGAAGAAACACGAGCUCUUCGAAGCCGGAUCCAUCUUGCUGAAGCUGCACAGAGGCAGGCGCAUGGGAUGGAAAUGGACUAUGAAGAAGUGAUCCAUCUGCUAGAAGCUGAGAUCUCAGAGCUAAAGGCUCAGCUUGCUGAUUAUUCUGACCAAAAUAAAGAAAGUGUCCAGGACUUGAGAAAGAGAGUCACAGUUCUUGACUGCCAAUUGCGAAAAUCUGAAAUGGCUCGGAAAACUUUCAAGGCGUCUACUGAAAGGCUCCUUCAUUUUGUAGAGGCUGCUCAGGAAGUACUUUUGGAUAGUUCUGCUCCUUUAUCCAGUUUAAGCGAAAGAAGAGCUGGGUUUGCAUCACAGACAUCGCUCCCACAGCUGGGAAGGAACGGACGCAGCUUCCCAGCAACGCUGCUUCUGGAAUCCAAGGAGCUGGUUAGAUCUGUUCGUGCCAUCCUUGAUAUGGACUGCUUACCUUACGGGUGGGAGGCAGCUUACACAGCAGAUGGAAUCAAGUACUUCAUCAAUCAUGUGACACAGACCACAUCCUGGAUCCAUCCCAUGAUGAGUGUCCUGAACCUGUCCUGCUCAGAGGAGAAUGAAGAGAACUGUCCCAGAGAGCUAACAGACCAGAAAAGCUGAUGGCCUUCCAUGGGAAACGGCACUUCCGAGUCUUCCGGCCUUUCAGUCCGUGUGCACAACCAGACACAAGACACCACACCGUGAGAAACGGGAAUCCAGCAUAUUCUCCCCGGCGGGGUGUCAAGUUGAAACUGUGCUGUUGCUGUGUACAUGUUAAGAUCAGCUGUCACUGCACUAGUUCUUUGAAAAUAAUGUAGUUGCAUUUGUUGAAGUCAUAUAUAAUUAGAUUUUAUAUGCAUAUAACUUUUCAUAUAUAAUUAGGUCUAUAUAACUUAGUAUGUAGGUCAUUGUUUGGUAUUAGAUGCAAUGGUUUUUAUACCAAAACUUUAUCUUGGAAACUUAUAGGAACAUAGGGAACUACUUUUCUGAUAAUCCCCCUCUCUAAUCACAGUUUAGGAGCGUGAUCUGAGAAAGCCUGGGGUGGGGAAUGCUAUACAGCUACCCCAUUAGCUGCUAAAUACAACUUUUUUUUUAACAGAUAUAUCAUAGGACACAAUCUAACUUGCAUCAUUAGGAGAUCUCUAUCAUUUAUAAAAUGCUUUCAAACCCCAUUUUAUUUAAACCAAAGAGCAUGGUUAUAGGGCUGAUCUAUUGACCAUUUUCAUUUCAUGUCUUCAGCUGGAGAAACAGUGGUUCAGAGAGACAGAGCGUCCUGUCCCAGGGCCCAGACUAACACCUCAUCUUCUGAUCCCAUGUCCAGUCCCCUUCGCCCCGCUCCCUACUGUCCUCACAGAGGGAGGGUGCAGUCCAACAGAGCACCUUCAUUCUGUUGAUGCAGCUGGGUCCACAGCUGUGCAUUCCACAGCAAGCCAGAGGACACCUCAGAGCCAAUCAUGGCCUCUUCAUAACCCCACUCUUCUCCUUCCGUGGGCCCACCCCUCAUCACCCCAACUGCUCACCAACUGCUCUGUGACCUUUCAGCAGCUUUGUCCCAUGGCUUGCCAUGCUUGGGUACCGUUGCCAGUAGGAGCAUCUAAGGAGAGCUGAUAGAAAUAAAGGUAUCUUUUAAAGUACUGCCAGGCUGCUUGUAACAGAUUGAAGACCUGGAGCCAAGGGAAGCAGCCCAGCAUUGCUUAGGCAAGCCUCGCACUCCCGAGAACACGGUGUAAGAGUCUUCACAUAAAGGCACUUUCUAAAUGAGUCACCGAGUUCCUACACUCAGUUAGCUCCUGUGUCAGCAUCAGGCACUGGCUCCUACGUCUUCUACUGAGUUUUACCUGGUACUUGGAAUGUAUAUGGAGACUGCGUAUGGGCAUUGUGCUCACCCAUACAUUCAAGAUUCAGGAUUUGAGUUGAAUAGGAUUCCUACUUUAUGUCUUGAGGACAAACAUAAAGUCAGUCAAAUACAGACUGACAAGGAGUUAUUAACUCUGAGAAAGACAGAAUGGCUGGAGCAAAUGUACCCCCGUCCUCAUUGCUGUCUGGAUACUAGGAAGCUUCAGAGGGGAUAGUUCUGAGAGCCAUCCCAGAGGGAGCUGUUCCCUGUUGUCUCUGGGAGGUGAAUGGGCACUCACACAAUCUUAAAAGAGAGUACCUAUGCUGUGAAAGGCAGACUCCUUUCAGGAGUGGGGAGCUUCCUCUUUUGUUUAUAAGGAAAGCUAAGAUGGGACCCUGAAGCAUGCAGUCUCUAGUCUGUAUGUGUUCAUGUAUGUGUGGGACUCACCACCUCUCUGCUGCUUGUAUCGAUUCCCUCCCUGUGUCUGUCAAUACAUAAUCAAAACCAAUAAAACUCAUAGUGCUAUUUGUGGAGCACCCUACAUUGCAAUGUA